CAAGCUUAUUUAGAUAUCUUGCAUUGCGUGUUCGUGGUGAUGAGCGAAAAUACUUUGUAAAUAUUCAAACCGAUACCUAUUUCCAGACCGAUCUCUUUCAACAUCGAUUGUUUUUACGUACACCAGGCCAGUGGGAGACAGUAAUGAUUCCAUUCCGAGACUUUGUUUUUACCAGCAAUGGCUUGAUCAUGCCUGAUCAAGUGGAAAUGUUUCGAGAAAAGAUCAAGACGGUUGGCAUCUCUCUUACAGAUCGACAAGAAGGCCCGUUCAGCAUUGAAAUUGAUUGGAUAAAGGCAAUUAAUAGCGAGAAUACGGAAGGUGAUGAUGAUCGAACUCCAUCACCUGAAGUGGAUUGAGAUAAUGCUCUCUUAUUCUAUCAAGACAUUCCCGCAUCCACCACCCCACGUCAUCCUUUUGUAAUAUAGUGUUUUUCUCUGCUUUUAUUAAUAUUAAUGAAAAAUAAGUCAUCCUAGUCAUCUUUGCUGACAACAGUUGGUCAAGCAUAAACUUCAUGAUUCAAAGCUUGAUUCAAUUCAUA